UCUUAUUUAUCGACCAUACCAAAGGAAAGAUAUAAAAAGAUGGAUAGAAAUCUUAUUAUAAUUCACUGUGUUGAAGAUCAUCCUUGUCUUUAUGAUAAACAUAAUCCAAAACAUAAAGAUAAUGUAAAGAAAAUGCAAGCUUGGGAAAAUAUUGCCAAAUGCUACGCAGGAAUAAGCGGUGAGCGCGAACAUGUGGACGUAUUAAAAUCUCGAUGGAAAAGUUUGAAAAAUAUAUUUACAACCGAAUAUCAAGAGACAAAUAAAUAUACAAAAAGUGGAUCUGCUGCAGUUAAAGGAAAAGUUCCAUGGGAGUAUUAUGAAGCAAUGCUUUUUUUGAAACCUCAUAUAUCUCAUUUAAGGUUUGUUUGUAUUAUUUGAUAAAAAUGUGUUUUCGUUUUAUAAAUCCAAUAAUAUCGUUUCAGAACAUCAAGCAAUAUCCAUUUUGAUUGCCUGGAAAAGAAA